AUGACCACUUCAGAGCCGUACUCAAUCACCACCCUCGAAUCACGCACGGAGAUGAGACCUGAUGGUCAGGUCAUCACAACAACCCUGACCCUCACCUUACCUGGACCGGGGCCGCCUGUCGGAUCGGCCGUCGCUCCCCCGCCAGAGACGGCUGACCCAAACACGCACGUCGUGGAUGUCUUCGCGAACAGCGACUCUUCUUUCCGUCCAAGCCAAGUCAACGCGGUCAUAGGUGACGUUGUUCGAUUCAACUUCGAACAGGGGAAUCAGACAAUCACACAGUCUUCACUUGACAUGCCUUGUACUGCCUCGGGCCAGGCAAGCUCUGCAACGAACGAAUUCAGCCCGCUCAAUGUCACUGGUGCUCUAAGUGUGGACUUUAGAGUAGAGCAGACAUCGCCUCUUUGGUUUUACAGUCGUUCCACGAACGCCGCGCGGCAUUGCAGUGCUGAAACGGUCUUUGCUAUCAAUCCUGGGGACGCUUUUGGAACAUUCACCCAGAAUGCCGACCUGCAGGGCCAUCUCCGCGCUCGGAGACAAGCAGCGACCCGUCGAGGCGACAAGCCGUACUUGGGUCGGUCUAGCGGUAACGGACCUGGCGUCGGGCAUUGA